AUGCCCUCCUUGACUUCUCAGGAAAGAGCUGAGAAGGCCGACUUUGAGAUGGCGCAUGUUGGGAACAAACAAAAGCAGCAAGGACAAGGAGCUGAGAAAACAGCUCUUUUAAGGAGCCUGGAGAGUGAUCCCCAAUUCGAUGAAGGUCCCAGCCUGGCUGGCACAGGACCCAAGGCUGAAAACAGAGAGAUGGCCUCGGGCAUCCAGAGACCGUCUUCCCAGGAAUUGGUGACAAUCAAGGAUGUUGUGGUGGACUUCACUGAGGAGGAGUGGGAGCUCCUGGACCCUUCUCAGAAGGAGCUGUACAAGGAGGUCACGCUGAAGAAUGUCCAGAACCUGCUGUCCCUGGGUCCCAGCCUGGCUGGCACAGGACCCAAGGCUGAAAACAGAGAGAUGGCCUCGGGCAUCCAGAGACCCUCUUCCCAGGAAUUGGUGACAAUCAAGGAUGUUGUGGUGGACUUCACUGAGGAGGAGUGGGAUCUCCUGGACUCUUCUCAGAAGGAGCUCUACAAGGAAGUCACACUGCAGAAUGUCCAGAACCUGCUGUCCCUGGGUAAGGACCAUUUCCUCUCUUUUCUUGGUAUCCCUCAUCAGUUCAAAAUGAGCCCAAACAGCACAGAAUGUGGAAAGCCUUGCAUGUGCAAUCAAUGUGGAAAAACUUUUACAAAUGUCUCUUGUCUAGCAAAACAUGAGAAAACCCACACUGGAGAGAAACCUUUUAAAUGUAAUCAGUGUGGAAAAGCUUUUACACAGAGUGCCAAUCUUGCUGCACACCAGAGAAUCCACACUGGAGAGAAACCUUUUAAAUGUAAUCAGUGUGGAAAGGCUUUCACAUCGAGGUCCUAUCUUGCUUUACAUCAGAGAAUCCACACUGGAGAGAAACCUUUUAAAUGUAACCAGUGUGGAAAAGCUUUCACAUCUAGCUCCGCUCUUGCUAGACAUCAGAGAAUCCACACUGGAGAGAAACCUUUUAAAUGUAAUCAGUGUGGAAAAGCUUUUACACAGAGUGCCAAUCUUGCUGCACAUCAGAUAAUCCACACUGGAGAGGAACGUUUUAAAUGUAAUCAGUGUGGAAAGACUUUCACAUCUAGCUCCGCUCUUGCUAGACAUCAGAGAAUCCACACUGGAGAGAAACCUUUUAAAUGUAAUCACUGUGGAAAGGCUUUCACUUUGAGGUCCUAUGUUGCUUUACAUCAGAGAAUCCACACUGGAGAGAAACCUUUUAAAUGUAAUCAGUGUGGAAAAGCUUUUACACAGAGUGCCAAUCUUGCUAGACAUCAGAGAAUCCACACUGGAGAGAAACCUUUUAAAUGUAAUCAGUGUGGAAAAGCUUUUACACAGAGUGCCAAUCUUGCUGCACACCAGAGAAUCCACACUGGAGAGAAACCUUUUAAAUGUAAUCAGUGUGGAAAGACUUUCAUAACGAGAGCCAGACUUGCUGCACACCAGAGAAUCCACACUGGAGAGAAACCUUUUAAAUGUAAUCAGUGUGGAAAGGCUUUCACAUCCAGAUCCUAUCUUGCUUUACAUCAGAGAAUCCACACUGGAGAGAAACCUUUUAAAUGUAAUCAGUGUGGAAAGGCUUUCACAUCUAGCUCCGCUCUUGAUAGACAUCAGAGAAUCCACACUGGAGAGAAACCUUUUAAAUGUAAUCAGUGUGGAAAGACUUUCAUAGCAAGAGCCAGACUUGCUGCACACCAGAGAAUCCACACUGGAGAGAAACCUUUUAAAUGUAAUCAGUGUGGAAAGGCUUUCACUUUGAGGUCCUAUCUUGCUGCACAUCAGAGAAUCCACACUGGAGAGAAACCUUUUAAAUGUAAUCAGUGUGGAAAGGCUUUCAUAUGUAAUUACAGGCUUGCAGAACAUCAGAGAAUCCACACUGGAGAAAAACCUUUUAAAUGUAAUCAAUGUGGAAAGGCUUUUAGAUGCAACUCAAAUCUUGCUGCACAUCAGAGAAUCCACACUGGAGAGAAACCUUUUAAAUGUAAUCAGUGUGGAAAGGCUUUCACUUUGAGGUCCUAUGUUGCUUUACAUCAGAGAAUCCACACUGGAGAGAAACCUUUUAAAUGUAAUCAAUGUGGAAAGACUUACACAUCUAGCUCCACUCUUGCUAGACAUCAGAGAAUCCACACUGGAGAGAAACCUUUUAAAUGUAAUCAGUGUGGAAAGACUUUCAUAGCAAGAGCCAGACUUGCUGCACACCAGAAAAUCCACACUGGAGAGAAACCUUUUAAAUGUAAUCAGUGUGGAAAGGCUUUCACAUCCAGGUCCUAUCUUGCUUUACAUCACAGAAUCCACACUGGAGAGAAACCUUUUAAAUGUAAUCAGUGUGGAAAGGCUUUCACAUCUAGUUCUGCUCUUGCUAGACAUCACAAAAUUCACACUGCAGUGAAACUUUUUUUUUGA